AUGUCUUAUCCCAACAAUAGACGUGAUUGGCGUCCAGUUUGUGUAGCAUGCCGCUCGAAGGUAUCGGGCCAAAAAGCACCAUGCACUCGUCCUGUGGAAGGCCACGGGUGCACCGGAUGUAAGCAGUAUGGCCUUCCUUGCAUAUUUGGCGGAGUUCCGCUACCUCCUUACCCUGGCCCUACUCGAGCACCAAUAUUAAGCACAUGCGAUCAAUGUGGAGAUCUGGGCCUACGCUGCGAUUUUAAAAGACCGUGCGAUAGAUGCCAUAAUUCUGGAGCCACAUGCACGGGAAACACCCGAUAUUGUUUUAUUCGCGGAGUACCCGGCGAUGACAUGUACGGUUACUAUCUUAACCUCGGAUUUGGUCCUAACGGCGUUAAUCAAGUUCUUCACUCCCCAAUGUUUUCAUGGACUAUGCCUGGUGACUACCAUCUACAAUACGAGAGGUGGGUAAGCGAAAGAACUGUGAGCAAUCAGGUGGUAGAGAUACAACGAGAUGAACAACUUGCGGACCAAUAUACACAAGUAUUAGAGCUAGCACAAGAUGCUGCUAGGCACGGGGUCCCGGUUAACUUACCGGGAGUCAUGGAAGUGCUCAAUGUAGAUAUUUCGGGUGGUGUUCCGCCGAAUGAGUCUCAAGGUGCCCGAGAUCUCAUGUACUAUCUCGGCAAGCAAACUGCGAAUAACCCUGCAGUCCAUGAACGCAAAAUCGAGAUAAGCGAAUACAAUAUUCUCUAUAAUCAGGAAGAUCUUCAGAGACUUAACCCAGGCACACAGGCGGAGUAUUCUUAUAUAGCCCCUAUCAGAGACACGGUCUUGGCUCCUCUUACCCGACCAGCAUCUCCUGGCCCUGGUCGCCCCAGCUACUGGAUACCGUGGAAUACUAAAAGUGCUGAUAUACCAGUCUACGACAACACAGGUGACUUUCCGGAGGGGAGCCCCGAAAGAGUCAACAUGAGUGCUAUUCGGAGAGAUCCUUUCAGGGAGCACCCGAACGAAAAUGCACAAAGCGUGUUAUCGACAAUUCCAUUCUUCCGUAUGUGGGAUGAAGGGGAAAUGUAUCCCACCCCAAGAGCAUGCCAGCAAGAGUACUUGGUUGACGGAAAGUGCGGUCGUCUAACAACACGCGGAUGUGAAGAUACCGCCCAUAUAGGGGAUAGCAUCCCAAUUUGCGACACCUGUGAAGAAGAAAACCGCGAGAAGUUUUACGAGGAAUUCGCAAGUGUUGCUCUCCAAAUGAGACAAUACCUAUGUAAUCUGUGUUCUGGUUCCAUUGAUAACUUACUCUAUAUGACCACAAAUUUGGGUUGCGAUGUCUAUUACGAUAACCCCAUGGGAAUACCAUUGCCAGAUUUUACAAGCCAUUCGCUUAUCGGUACGGGACUAACUAAAAGGGUUGGGGGUUGGCGAGGUUCUCCUCUAGAGAUAACCGGUUGCUCCUGCGGCGUUAAGCUACUAGGUCGUCGUCUGUGUAGCCCUCACAGAUUACAGCAUUUACUGAACCUCCAAGAAGCUGUAUCGGAUAUGAAGAUAUAUGUCGACAGUCUGUACGGAAGAAUGGUUUGUCCUGGGUGUAGAAUAUUGCGUGGUAUCAACGACUACAAUUUCGAAGGCCCAGCAGGCGGAGAAGGUGUGUAUAAGGCAUGGGUAUGCUUAGCCUGUCACGGCUUCGUGAUAACCGAAAAUACUACUGUCUUAAUACCGAGACUAUACCUAAAGUCAGGGGCACCCACACCCGCUCCGGCACCGUAUGGUAUAAGGGCGGAGGAACUAGAAAUCGCGAAGGAUAAAUUACGGAAGCAACUCGCGAGCACGCUGAGGUUUCCUCAAAGUUAA